GCAGCCCGGCCAUGGAGGAGGGCGAGGCGGGCGCGGAGCCGCGGGGUCCCCCCGGGCGCCGCCGCUCGCCGAGCCCCGGCCGCCUGGACGUGAGCUCCAGCCGCUUCGAUCCGCUGCUGGCGCUCUACUCGCCGCGCACGCCGCUGCCCUUCCCCGCCGCGCCCUGCUUCAACAACCUCGCCGAGUACGAGAGCUUCCAGCGCGGCCUGCGCCGCCCGCGCGGCCGCCGCGCCGCCCCCGCCCGCCGCGCCGCGCCCGCCGCCCGCGGGGCCCGCCGGGGCCCGCCCGCCGCCGACCCCGAGCGCAUCCAGCGGCUCCGCAGCCUCAUGGUGAACGCGGGCCCCGAGCAGGACGCGGCCGAGGGAGGAGCGGCGGCGCCGCGGCGGCGGCGGGCACCGCGCAAUGUCCUCACCAGGAUGCCCCUCCAUGAAGGCAGCCCUCUGGGGGAACUUCAUCGCUGUGUCCGAGAUGGUGUCAAAAUCAAUGUUCACAUCCGCACUUUCAAAGGGCUUCGUGGAGUCUGCACAGGGUUUCUGGUUGCAUUUGACAAAUUCUGGAAUAUGGCCCUGACAGACGUGGAUGAGACUUACAGGAAACCAGUAAUGGGCAAAGCUUUCUAUGCAGAACCUCAGCUCACACUGACCCGACUGUUUGACAGACUCAAACUUCAGGAGUCCUCGGGGAAGAAGGGAGCUGACUCAAAGACUGUCUCAGAGGAGCUGGCCCUGACAAGUGACUCUCAGACGCUGGGAUCAAAAGUUGGAUCAGGACGAGGGAGAGCGGAAGAGGAGCGUGAGAGGCAGAAACACUCGGGCAGAGCUGGAGAAAAGAAGACGCCAGGUGACAGUUUGGUUGCCGGAGGUGAAGCUGAUGUGGGCAGCAGGACUGCCCACACUGAGGGUGCCAGUGCUGGUGGCGCCCGUGCACGAAGCCAGUCCCGGAGGAAAAGGCGGCCCAAAGUGGAUUAUCAACAGGUGUUCACACGUCACAUAAACCAGAUUUUUAUUCGAGGAGAGAAUGUCUUGCUUGUCCAUUUAGCACAUUGACUUGGCUGAGCUUUGGUCAGCGUAUUUGUUUGAUAGCAUGACUUGCUGCAGCAGCUCCCAUUGCUAUUUAAAGUUGUCAUUGAGUUUGAUGGUACCAUGGCUGGUUUCCCAUUGCCAUAACAAGGUAGGGGAAAUAAUUGUAAGUAGAGCAUCCUGAGCUUGAUGCCAAAGCAGCUUCCUUAGAUCCCUGUUGGGGGUUUCAGGACAAGGUCAGCAAUGGAGUUGUUUCUGCGAUAUGAGGGAGGUAAGCACAGAUCCCACUGCUCCUUAAAAAGAAGCUAAAUGGAGAGGGUUGGAAGAGAAUUUUGGUGUAAUCUGUUAUAGGAGCUACUUGUGGCACAUGUUUAAGGAGCUUAAGAUAAGACCUCCACCUGCAAUGAAUCAGAAAUGCUCUUUUGCAUGUUCUGAGAAAUCUCAAGAGGAGAUUGCUGAUGAAACCAACAGUUUAUCUGCUGCUGUUACAUGGGUGUCCUCUUUUCCAGACAUAAUUCUGACAGUCAUUUUGAAACAGUUUGUAAAAAGGUGGAGUGACAUACUGCUGAUGGCUAUUGCCCUGUGUGAUAGAAAACUUUUUAAUUGAAAACUGCUCGUCUAAUGUGAGUGAUGAUAGGACUGUAAUUUGUUUUCCAUAUCAAAGCUUAGGCUUCUCUUUGUAGUGCUGUGCUUUGGCCCUGUGUCACCAGCAAGCAGGUGAUGUAGCUGAUCCAGGGGCCUCCAUAUUUGGGGUUUAUCUGUGAAUGCUGUGGAUGCAGAUGGAAAAUUGUACUGUUACAUUUCAUCCAUAUACUACUUAGUGUAAUAGUGAAGCUGGCAAAGGUGUAGGGUUUUUCUCAGAUGUGUUUGUGCUGAGCACACUUGUACUGUAUCUGAGAGCCUUUCAAGCUCUCUAUUGAAACUAGAGGUGCUGUGCCUCCAGCAAUUCCCAUGGAGCAGAAAUCUUCAUGGAUCUUUCCUAUCCAAGUGAAUGAUGCAUCAUCUAAUUCCAGUUGAACUGAGGUUCGGAGGUGUGGCUGAAAAUGUUUUGAAAUAUAAAAGUCAAAGUCAACUCAUCAGUGUUUUAUUUUAAAAAGACUAUUAAAGCCAGGGUUCUGCAGGAAUAAACUAAUUUCCAAGAGAGUCAUGUGGAGAAGUUUCAGGGUAAAUGAAGCUGUUAUAUUAUCUAGUCUGUUAGCUUCAUUGUCCAAGGACACUAGAAUUCAUGCUGCUAUUCCUGUAUUCAUCUCAACUGCCUUGUGCUUUGCAGCAGAUCCGUGUGUUUAGGAUGAAGUUGGGAAAUUGCUUUAUAUCAGGUCUUGUAUUGCAUAUAGGGGUCAUAAGUUCUCAAAUUGAGUGACUGUUCUGUGGGUGACGUAGAUGUCUGCUGCUGCAAAUGCAGCAUUCUGCUUGCUUGUCUUUAGGGGGAUGUCUGGUGUUUGGGUGAAUCACAGAAAUCAUUUAGCAGGAGUUCCUGGACACACAAAGCAGCUGGUUUUGCCUCUGGGGGAGCCUGAAGCUUCUGUCAACAUUUCAGGUGACAGGGGGCUUGGACAGCUCAUGAGCUGAGCCAGUGAGCUGCAAACCCUGGUUCAGCCUGGGACAGAAGUGCUUCAGAAUAAAAAGUGCUGUUGAGGCAAAACAGUUUCAUCAAGAGCAAAAAAGAAAAGAAAAAAUGAAAUACUAUCUACAGCUUCUUAUUAUACAUUGCUUUAUUGUAAUCCCUUCCCACUAUGAACUGAGACCAGGCACUGAAAAGAUUCUUCUCUUAGAGGCUCUUGUUUCCUCUCCUGUGCUGUUCUUGUUUGUGUUCCUGUGCUCUGCAGUUUUUCCCUUUUUUUCUUCCCCCUUUCUCCUGUCAGUACUUUGUCUCUUCAGGAUGUUCUAAACCCUGGUUUAUGAAGACUGUUCUUGUAUUCAUCCCUAGUUGUUCUGGCUUUCUGAACCAUUCUUGGUUGGCUUUCUGUGUGGUUCCCAACUAACCAGAACCCUCACAAAUUACUAGAAACAUGUGAAGCUAGAAACAAGGUGCUUAUUUCUGCUCCUGACUUCCCAGCAGCUUUUAUUGCAAGUGAAUAUUUUCUUCAUUCUGUUUUUGAUUGGGGGGGGGGGUUUGCCCUCUGUUUUCUGACAGCUUUGUUUUUUAUUUCAGUUGCUUAGGAUGACUCCUCUCUGCCUUUUCCAUUCUUGCCAGAGGCUGCUGGUUUUGACCUCUCCUCUUUCCUUCAUAUUUGCCCAAAGGAUGUCAGACUACCCUCAGGCCUGUGUACUACUACAUCUAAUUGAAUUCUUGCUUUUCUUUACCUCUUGUUCUUAAUUCUAUUUGUCUGCUUUGUAUUGCCUUGUGCAUUAAACAAGGUACAACUGCCAUGAAUGUUCUUGUGGCUGUCCUGCCCUCCUUCCUUGUCCAUUGACACUUCCCCAAGUUCUCAGUUGCUACUGGAACUGUGUCUCAGUGUUUCCUUUAAUCAGAAGUUUUUCUCUGAAACCUUGCAGGUGUUUGUUGCUUCACAUUUACAAGUUCCUUUGUUUACAUUUUAUGAAAAAUACUGGUGCUUAGACUUGCGUUUGUGCCUUGAUUUUUGUAUCAUCCCUAACCUGUUCUUCCAGAAUCAUCACCUUGGGUCAGCAAACCUGGUUAAAAACUAUAGUUUGUCUACUUUUUUUGCACUACCUCAUUACUAAAAUGUUCCUCCUCUUAUCUGUGAAGUUGGUUAAAAUUCUCUCUUCCAAUUCAGAUUUUAUGGUUUAUUUGUUGCUUCUUUGUUUGUUUCCUACUUUCCUGUCCACCUUUCUCCUUAUUUCCAAGCUGCUUCCUAAAUACAGCUGCCUCUUCUACAACUUCAGAUCUUCCAAAAUGUCUUCCUUUUCCCACUUCUUCUGGCAUUAAAGCGCAUUAUUAAAAUGCUAUUUUAUGGAUUUUGUCUCUUUCAAGCAUCAUGAUUGUGAUUAAGCAAGUGAUCCUGUAUGUGUGUUGUCACUUGCAUGUUUAAAACUUCAGAUAAUGUUGCUCUUUAAAUAAAAUUGAAUGUCAUGUUCUGAAAUGAAUUCUUCUACCUCACCUAAGUAUUGACAUAAAUCUGUUCCAAAAAAAAAAAAAAAAAAAAAGAAAACAACCCUUGGAAACAAAUGAGCUUUGGGUUUGGUGUUGGUUUUUUUUCUGGGUUUUUCUGUCCAUGUUUUUUUUUUCCAAACUCAGCAUCAAAUUUUUGUUCAGAAAGCUGUCUGCUCCCAGCCUUCCCUCUCUUGGUUGCAGUGUCACAAAGAUGCUGUGAGCAAAGACACACCAAAGGAAUGAGGAGUAGGAGCAGGAGACAGUCCUAGGAGACAGAAAGAUGUGUGAGAGUGAAAGAGGUUUGGGCAGGUAUGAAGAACCUCUGAAAAGGAUCCACCGGUUCCCUGGCCCAUAUUUCUAGGACUUUGCUCAUCCUGGUGCUCAGCGGUGGUUCCUAACGUGUGUUUGUGGUGAGGUACCGAAUUAUAGGGAGCAGUUUUCUGAACUAACUUUGAAGGAGUGUUGGGAUAAUUUGAGAAAUUUUUAGGAUAAUUUCUAAAACAGCAGACAAAACAAAACUUGUGAAAUGUGGCCAUGCCAGGUGCAGAAAUGAUGUAAUGCCACAGUCUUGGAACGUGAUGUCACAGAGAUAUCUCAUGGUGUCAUCGUGUAUCUUUCCAUUCCCAACACAGUCCAGCAGGGAGCCAAGUCUCAAUUUUAAGAGUGGCAGUUUUAUUUGUACAGUGAAGUGGUUUUGCCCAGUUUUUACCUAACACUUCUUAAACAGAGCUGUGGUAGUAGAAGAGGUAAGGCCGAGGGGAAAAAAGGAGCUUGUAAAAAAGGGUGGUUUUAGUUCCUUCUCUCAGCUGACUAGUCCAGCUUGUUAAUUGCCUGGAAGUUUUUUUCCUGAUCUAGAGAGGUACUUAGCACGUCCUCCCCAGGUGAUUAAUGAAUUAAUCAGUGAGUGCUGUUUUCCAUCUGCUUCUUGUCCUUCAGUUUUUGGAUUCGUCGUUUCUUUUGCAGCUUUCCCUCAGCAGGGCAAGAUCAGGAAUAAACCUGACUGCCUGCUGAUUUUUCCCCCUCUGUAAGGAAUGUUAGCCCACCUAGUUUUGAAUCCAGAUAGCCUUUGCCUGUUCUUGAUUUUCAUAGUGUUCUCUUCACACUUCUGGAAUUAUUUGGUCAGAAGAAUUAUUUGUCUUGGAUGAUAGUACUUUUGGAAGUAAACUGAAAAAUUUUGAAAAACAAUUUUGUUAUUUAUUUUCCUUCCCACAGUGCUAGGUUUUCCUUGUUUGCUGUUGCAGCCACCCACUUGCACCUGUAAAUCACUGUGGGUGAAGAGGUGUCCAGGAAAAGAGAGGCAGAGAAAAAAAGGUGUCUAAUUUUUAUUGAAUUUGACAUUCUGUCUAACAUGCUGCCUACACUCACCCCUUCUGUUUCUUACUGCCACUGACGUAAAUGACACAGGUGGGGAAAAUGACUUCAUCCAGGGUCUUGAAGGAAAAUGGAGAAGCAGCAGGGACAGCAAACUGAGUUUUUGAGGAUGUUUAUCUCCAGGUGAACUUCCCAUCUCUGAUCAAACAAAUCAGAGUUAUAACUACCAAAUUACACUGCAAGCUCUGCCACUGGAUAAAACUGGAAGGCACAGUAUUGCACCUUUUCAGGGGUAAUGCAGUGAUUCCCUCAGCCAGGCAAGCUCUUCCCUGAGAAGCUGCUGAGACAUAUGCCAGUGUCUGCCUCAGAGCAUAACUGCAAAAUACUGCCAAUUACUAUGAAGAUUUUUGUCUCCUGCCUGCACAGCCGAGGCUAAAACAUAAAUGCUGAGGUCUGCAUCAUCUGCAGCCCAGAACUAUUUCAGUUCAUGCUUUUGCUUCUUGACAUUGGCUUAAAAAUUUGAGGUGUGUACUAUAGCAAUCCUAAGACAGCCUUCGUUAUAACAUUAUGAAAAGCUAUUACUUACUAGAAAUAGUAUUGGAAAACUAGAGUAUUACAGAAUUUGUGGAAUUCUUAUUGUAAUUAAGAUAUUGCAAACCAGGAAAGGCUGAGAGAAUUGACAUUCUCUCAGCUGAGACAAUUAGGGAUGACCUAAUUGCAGCCUUCCAGCACCUGAAGGGAGCCGACAAGAAGGAUGGAGAGAGACUAUUUACAAGAGUAUGU